CACAACUAUACCAGUAUGCCAGAGCCUAUGCAAUGCAGUGGGAGCAUGGACAUUCGGGAACUUCGAUUUGCUCGCGCGAUGGAAUUUGCCAUACAGGAAAUUAACAAUAGAUCAGAUAUCCUGCCAAAUAUUACGCUGGGGUAUGAAAUACACGACUCUUGUGCAGCUGUGCCUGUAGCUUUGAAACUCGCUUUUCAGUUUGCUAACGGGCAAACCCCUAAUAUUUCAAUGAGUAACUCUUGCAACAAGACAGCCGACGUUGUAGCUGUUGUGGGAGAGUCUGGCUCAACACCGUCAAUUGGCAUGUCCAGAAUUCUAGGACUUUUUGGAAUUCCAAUGGUGAGCCACUUUGCGACAUGUGCCUGUCUGAGCGAUAAGACGCAGCAUCCUACAUUCUUCAGGACUAUACCAAGCGACCACUACCAAGCAGCUGCACUUGCACGACUAGUCAAACAUUUCGGCUGGACAUGGAUUGGAGCCGUUCGUAGCGAUUCUGACUAUGGGAACAACGGAAUGGCAUCCUUCCUGAGAGCUGCAAAAAAGGAAGGAAUCUGUGUUGAAUAUUCCGUGGCUUACUACAGGACAAAUCCUCGUAGCAAGUUAGAAAGAGUGGCAGAAGUGAUACGCAGUUCUACCGCACGAGUUAUCGUGGCUUUUGUUGCCUCAGGUGACAUGCGCUUCUUAUUAGAAGAGUUAUCGCGACGUACCCCUCCACCGUUACAGUGGAUUGGCGGUGAGGCGUGGGUAACAGACCCACAUAUGUUUAAGUUUGGACUGUGUGCCGGAGCCAUUGGUUUCGGAAUUGAGCGUUCUGUAAUCCCUGGUUUACGAGACUUCCUUCUGGACCUCUCACCUGCUCAAGCGUCAAAAUCCGCUCUUCUCACUGAGUUCUGGGAAGACGCAUUUGGCUGCACGCUGCACGCUGCAAAAGCAGGUCAACUUUUGGGAGUUGAGCCAUGUAGCGGCAAUGAAAAAUUAGAUGCCAUUCUGACUCAAUACACGGAUACCUCGUAUCUGCGCAUCACUAACAUGGUUUACAAAGCUGCUUAUGCCAUAGCUCAUGCUAUCCAUGGCCUUGUGUGCAGAGAUAGGCCAGAGUCUUUAUCGCAGUGCAACAGAAGCAUAGUACUGGAGCCAGAUCAGGUUCUUGAUCAACUGAAAAAGGUCAACUUCACCAUAAAUGGAAAUCACAUUUCUUUUGACACUAAUGGGGACCCUGUUGCCACAUAUGAACUUGUUAAUUGGCAAAUCACUGAAGAUGGAGUAAUGGAGUUUGUGACAGUGGGCCGUUAUGAUGCUUCACAACCCAAAGGUCAUGAGUUCAGCAUGAGCAGAAACAUCACCUGGAUGGAAGGACAAACACAGGUACCUGUGUCUGUGUGCAGUCAGAGCUGUCCCCCAGGCACCAGGAAGGCUGUGCAGAAGGGCAAGCCUGUCUGCUGCUACGACUGUAUACCGUGUGGAGAGGGAGAGAUCAGCAAUGAAACAGAUUCAGUUGACUGUGUCUCCUGUCUUGAUGAGAACUGGCCCAAUGCCCAGAGGGAUCAAUGCCUGCCUAAACCAGUUGAGUUCCUGUCAUGGGACGAGGUUCUUGGAAUUGUAUUAGCAGUUUUCUCUAUUGCAGGAGCUUGCAUUGCUGUUGCUGUGGCUACCGUGUUCUACAGACACAGGAUGUCUCCUAUUGUUCGAGCAAAUAAUUCUGAGCUAAGCUUUCUUCUGCUCUUCUCACUGAUGCUGUGUUUCCUGUGUUCUCUUACUUUCAUUGGUCGGCCCUCUGAGUGGUCCUGUAUGUUGCGUCACACAGCGUUUGGGAUCACCUUUGUUCUCUGCAUCUCCUGUGUUCUGGGGAAAACAUUAGUGGUCUUAAUGGCCUUCAGAGCCACUCUUCCAGGCAGUAAUGUCAUGAAGUGGUUUGGGCCUUUACAGCAAAGGAUGACAGUUGUCUCUUUCACUGUUGUACAGAUUUUAAUAUGCAUUUUGUGGUUGGUGCUGUCACCCCCAUUCCCCGUAAUAAACAUGUCACAUUACAAGGAAAGAAUCAUUCUUGAAUGUGACCUGGGCUCAGUGGGUGCUUUCUGGGCUGUAUUGGGCUAUAUCGGACUCCUUGCUGUCUUGUGUUUCAUACUGGCUUUUCUGGCUCGCAAACUACCUGAUAACUUCAAUGAAGCCAAAUUCAUCACAUUUAGUAUGCUGAUAUUCUGUGCAGUCUGGAUCACCUUCAUACCAGCUUAUGUCAGCUCUCCUGGGAAAUUUACCGUUGCUGUGGAGAUAUUUGCAAUUUUAGCUUCUAGUUUUGGGUUAAUUAUAUGUAUUUUUGCCCCAAAGUGUUUUAUAAUUGUCUUUAGGCCAGAGCAAAAUACCAAGAAGCAUGUAAUGGGUAAAGGUCAGUUAAAGGCCCUCUGACGUAUUGUAUGAAAUCCCAUCUGUCUAUCUAUCCAUCCAUCUAUCUAUCUCUCUCUUUCUCUCUCUUUCAUUCUCUCUCUCAGAACUAUAGACAAACUGCAUAUGUUUUUGUAUCUGUA